CGAGGAUCGCUUCGCCGCAUCGUCAACUUCAACUACAAGAAUUACUAUCUAGUUGCGUGAUAGAUCAAGCUCUGCAAGAUGUUAGAAGUAGAGAGACUAAUCCUAUAUGUAUUGAAGGCUGCUAGAUAUUCCAUCUUCAUACUAAUAAUCGGACUUCUGUUCUACCUCGCCCAAAAUGAGAUCGUCCGGUAUCGUAAUAGGAUAAAGAACCUUCCCGGCCCUCGCGGAUGGCCCAUCGUUGGGAACCUCUUCCAACAUCGAAAUGUGAUCCCCGCCGAAACAUACCGAAGAUGGUCUCUCAAAUAUGGACCCGUCUUCCAAAUUCAACUAGGCAACACUCCGAUCGUUGUCAUCAACUCAGCACAAGCAGCCAAGCAACUCUUCCUAGGCCAAAGCCACGCCAUGAAUUCGCGGCCCACAUUCUACGUCUUCCACAAUAAAGUCAGCAAAGCCGUGACAUCCAUCGGCACCUCCCCCUGGGACGACAGCUGUAAGAGGCGGCGCAAGCUCGCCGCAGGCGCUCUUAACCACACGCGCGUAGAAUCCUACGCGCCGAUCCUAAACCUAGAGGCGCGCGAGUUCCUUAAGGACUUGUAUCUAGCGUGUCGGGACGGCGCUGUCGGGAUAGACUUCCGGCCGGCCGCCAGACAUUUCGCGCUGAACUUGAGCUUGACGCUGAACUAUGGGACUCGCGUGUCGAGCGUCAAGUCGUUGACUGAUGACCCGCUUAUGUCGGAGAUUAUAUACGUCGAGGAUGAGAUCUCGAAAUUCCGUGAUACAGCAAAGAAUUAUGCCAAUUACAUUCCGUUGCUCCGGUACUGGGAGCCGAUAGCCCAGUUCCUACGGCUAGGUAGCCAGCCUAGGGAUAAUGCUGCGGAUAUUGGACGUAGACGAUUGGAAUAUAAUGACGUCCUGCUGGAGAAGUUGAGGGGUGAAGUACAGAGGGGCGAGGAUAAGCCAUGUAUUCAGGGGGCGGUGCUGCGGGAUCCCGAGUCGGCGACGUUGACGAAGGAGGAACUUAUUAGCGUUAGCUUGAGCAUGAUGGCGGGUGCCGACUCUAAUCAGCCUACACUUGCUUGGGCAUGUCUGCUUCUCGCUCACCGGCCUGACAUACAGGAAAAGGCAUAUUCCGCCAUUGUAGAUGCAGGCAUACUUGGACAGCAAUCUGACGCGUACGCGUCGACCAUGGUUGAGUAUAUCGAUGCACUGACGAAGGAGAUUGCCCGCUACUUCGUAGUAUUAAAAUUAGCUCUCCCAAGGGCCACAUACACGGACGUGACGUGGGGAAAUGCCACUAUCCCUGCCGGCACAGUCGUGUUCUUGAACUCUUGGGCAUGUAAUCGAGAUCCGGAGCUCUUUUCCGAGCCGGACCUAUUUGCCCCUGAGCGCUGGCUGUCGUCCUCCACAAACCCACAGGCCCACCAAUAUGCGUUCGGAAUCGGCGGGCGCAUGUGUGUGGCGUCGUAUCUGGCUCAUAAGGCGUUAUACACCGUUUUUCUACACCUGACCGCGCAUUUUCGCAUCUUGCCCGCUGAAGAUGAGACGAUUGACGCGAUUGACCCGAUUAAUGGAUUGCAAGGAAUAUCGUUCGUUGGCACUCCGCGCGGGUGGCGCGCAAGAUUUAUUCCUAGGGAAGGGGAGAAGCUCGCUGCUUGGUUAGAACUUCCGGGUGGCUGAUGGUCAAUCUAAAGACGUUGUGUGUCAUGUGUAUGUAGGUACCU